UUCGACAUCCAGACCAAAACCAAUAAGACAAGUCAAAGUACACAAGGAUGUGCUGCCCACUCCUCUGAUCACCCACCUCAAAAUUAUAGAGAGAGUAUUACAAGUUGAAUUAAUAGAGAUUUAAUUGCUUUAACUAAAUCAAAUGCAAUACAAGGCGGCGGCCAAACGGGUUUAAAUACUAGUGAAAGGGAGGAGAGAAAUCAUUCCUUGAGUGUCUUACAAUUCACACAACACAUAGAGGCGAGAGAACGCGCGAGAUUUCUUUAUACAAGUCAAAACUCUCUCUAUACACACUAACCAUGAGAGACCUCAAGGAAUAUGAUUACCCUGCUCUGUUGCUCAACCUUUCCACCACCAGCCUCAACAAGGCCCAGCGGCGUUGGCGUAUUGCCUACGCUGCCAUCUACUCUGCGAGAGCUAUGCUUUCCCUCGUCAAGGAGAUAGUUCCCCGGAGGAUUGAUCCCAAAUCCUCUGAUGCCUCCCUCUCCCUCUCCUACACUCCCCUCGAGUCCGGUGAUGGAGCAAUGAUCAACUCUAUGCCUCUCUCUUACGUACCUGACAUCGAUCAGGAACGACUCGUGGAGAUCAUGAAGGGUAAGGACUUACCGGGCAUUCGAGCGCUGGGUGGAGUGGAGGGUAUCGCCGCUUCCCUUAGGACAAACGCCACCAAAGGAAUCCACGGGAAUGAGCAAGAGGUCAAUAGACGCCGUGACCUAUUUGGCUCUAACACCUACCACAAGCCACCGCCUAAAGGACUUCUCUUCUUUGUGUAUGACGCUUUCAAAGACACAACCAUCUUGAUCCUGUUGGCCUGCGCCGCUCUCUCCCUUGGCUUCGGUAUCAAAGAACACGGCCUCCAAGAAGGUUGGUAUGAAGGCGGAAGCAUCUUCGUAGCAGUUUUCUUGGUCAUAGUUGUCUCUGCUCUCAGCAACUUCAGGCAGGAGAGACAGUUUGACAAGCUCUCUAAGAUAAGCAAUAAUAUCAAAGUGGAAGUCCUUAGGGACAGCAGGCGUCAACAUAUCUCCAUCUUCGAUGUCGUUGUUGGUGAUGUUGUCUUCUUGAAGAUCGGAGAUCAGAUUCCUGCCGAUGGUCUGUUCUUAGAUGGACAUUCCCUUCAGGUGGACGAGUCUAGUAUGACAGGAGAGAGUGACCAUCUUGAAGUCGAUCACAAGGAUAAUCCCUUCUUGUUCUCUGGGACUAAGAUAGUCGACGGGUUUGCUAAGAUGCUGGUUUUGUCCGUUGGUAUGAGCACAACCUGGGGGCAGACGAUGAGCUCCAUAAACCAAGAUUCUAGCGAGAGAACACCUUUGCAGGUUCGUCUUGACACGCUGACCUCCACCAUCGGAAAACUUGGUCUCACGGUGGCUGCACUUGUCCUGGUAGUGUUAUUAGUCCGUUAUUUCACAGGGAACACAAAGAAAGAUGGUAAAAUAGAAUACAACGGGAGCAAAACACCUGUUGACUCUGUCGUCAACUCCGUUGUGCGAAUUGUGUCUGUUGCAGUCACCAUUGUCGUAGUGGCUAUCCCGGAAGGAUUGCCAUUGGCUGUGACCCUGACCCUGGCUUACUCCAUGAAGAGAAUGAUGUCUGAUCAAGCUAUGGUCAGAAAGCUCUCAGCCUGUGAGACGAUGGGCUCAGCCACAGUGAUAUGCACAGACAAGACAGGCACUUUAACACUGAACGAGAUGAAGGUUACCAAGUUUUGGCUUGGCCAAGAGUCGAUCCAUGAAGAUUCUACCCAAAUGAUCUCAUCCGACGUUCUUGAUCUGCUUUACCAAGGCACAGGUCUGAACACGACAGGUAGUGUCUGUGUGUCGGAUUCAGGGCCAACGCCUGAGUUCUCAGGCAGUCCAACAGAAAAGGCUCUCUUAUCUUGGACAGUGCUAAAUCUGGGUAUGGAUAUGGAGUCAGUGAAGCAAAAAUACGAUGUUCUCCGCGUUGAAACGUUCAAUUCGGCAAAGAAGCGAAGUGGAGUUUUGGUCCGGAGAAAAUCUGACAACACAGUCCAUGUGCACUGGAAAGGAGCCGCUGAAAUGGUCCUGGCUAUGUGUUCUCACUACUACACGAGCACUGGGUCCGUUGACUUAAUGGACUCCACUGCACAGAACAGAGUUCAGGCAAUAAUCCAAGGUAUGGCGGCCAGUAGCCUCAGAUGCAUAGCAUUCGCCCAUAAAGUAUCUUUGAAUAACUCAGGAUUAGAGGAAGACGGCUUGACCUUGAUGGGAAUUGUGGGUCUGAAAGAUCCCUGUCGGCCUGGUGUCUCAAAAGCUGUUGAAACUUGCAAACUUGCUGGGGUCACCAUCAAGAUGAUAACAGGAGAUAAUGUUUUUACUGCAAAAGCAAUAGCUUUUGAAUGCGGAAUCCUCGACCACAAUGACAAAGAUGAAGAGGAGGCUGUUGUGGAAGGUGUUCAAUUCAGAAACUAUACCGACGAAGAGAGGAUGCAGAAAGUUGAGAAGAUCCGGGUCAUGGCAAGGUCCUCUCCCUCCGACAAGCUUCUAAUGGUCAAAUGUCUGAGACUUAAAGGCCACGUGGUAGCCGUCACAGGGGAUGGUACCAACGAUGCACCUGCACUAAAAGAAGCAGAUAUUGGACUCUCCAUGGGAAUUCAGGGCACCGAAGUGGCAAAAGAAAGCUCAGAUAUUGUCAUUCUGGAUGAUAACUUCACAUCCGUUGCUACAGUAUUAAAAUGGGGAAGGUGUGUCUACAACAAUAUCCAGAAAUUCAUUCAGUUUCAGCUGACAGUGAACGUUGCAGCUCUUGUGAUCAAUUUUAUCGCAGCAGUUUCCGCUGGUGAGGUCCCUCUGACAGCAGUUCAACUGCUGUGGGUAAACCUCAUCAUGGACACUCUGGGAGCUCUGGCUCUUGCCACGGAGAGACCCACCAACGAGCUCCUGAAGCCAAAGCCAGUUGGCCGAACAGAGGCCCUGAUAACAAAUGUCAUGUGGAGGAAUCUCCUGGUUCAGUCAUUAUAUCAAAUAGCCGUACUCUUGAUCUUACAGUUCAAGGGUAUGUCUAUAUUCAAUGUGCGCAAGGAAGUGAAGGACACGCUCAUAUUCAACACUUUCGUGCUCUGCCAAGUUUUCAACGAAUUCAAUGCAAGGGAGAUGGAGAAGAAAAACGUGUUCAGAGGAAUUCACAGAAACAGAUUGUUCGUUGGAAUCAUAGCCAUCACUAUCGUGCUUCAAGUCAUUAUGGUGGAAUUCCUUAAAAAGUUUGCGGAUACAGUAAGGCUUAACGGGUGGCAAUGGGGAACUUGCAUAGCCAUUGCAUCUCUUUCCUGGCCAAUUGGAUUUUUCACAAAAUUCAUACCUGUUUCCGAGACACCGUUCCUCAGUUACUUUAAGAAUCCAAGAUCCUUAUUUAAGGUUUCACGAAGCCUAUCCCCUAAGAAACCUUGAGCAGCCUACUGUAACGGAUGCAGUUCUCUAGGGAUGGGUGGAUAGCUGAU